UCAUUUUACAAAUAUAUUUAAUAAUUUAAAUAACAAAGCAAACAUUCAAAAUUUUACUUUCCAUUUAGCACAGUAAAUUGUUUAUACCAUAGGGAGUUUAAGUUGCACUGUGUGUGCUGCACAGUCCGGCAGCCCUUAAAUAGUAGAUCUUUAACAAAACUUCGCCUCUCGAACAUUCUGGCAACUACGAAUUCGCUGUCUAGUUGCUUCUGUCAAUUUAUCGUCGAUUUGAUUUUGUUCUAUUAUCCGUGUUCGUCACAAUAUGUAAAUUUUUAUAAAUUGUCAAUUGCACCAACAAUUGACACAGUGUGAAAAGCGGCAAUUCUUUCACAUCUUUGGAAAUCUAUAACUUUGUUGAUCUUGAUAUUAGACUGUUUGAUCAAAUAUUUCCAAAAGGACACAAUAAAUGUCCAUAUUAACAAUUACAAGUCCAUCAAAAUGACAACUUUUCGGCAACAAUUAUUAUUAAUUAAUUCACAAUAAAUACAAAUAAAAUAAACAAAUAUAGAACUGUGAAUUACAUACGCAUGAUAGCCCAGUCUUACGUUUACUUGGUCUCUUAAAAUAAACAAAGUGUUCCCAAUUAGAAUGUAGUGCAUUCGAGUUUUAAUAGUUGUAAAAUCACCAUUAUUUGUUAAUUUUUAUGCACGGUGUUUUCCAUAUAUCAUACCUCAAAACUAUAUACUUUUGCAGCAAUAAAAUAUAGUUGUAUACCUUUUUAAAUUGUUUCGCCAUGUCUGAAAUGCGUAUCCGUCCACGACAAGUGCUCGUACUUAUUAUUGUGUUUCUAGUGGUCUUGCUUUUAGUACAUCGGAAUGGGAAGCGUACUUGCCAGGGUCCGGAAUUUUUGCAGGCUAUUUAUGCUAAACAAACGGAGAACGCUUUACCAAAAAUUUAUGCAAUAACACCAACAUACACUCGGCCAUCGCAAAAGUCCGAACUAACAAGAUUGUCACAUAUAUUCAUGCUUAUGCCUAAUUUACAUUGGAUUUUAAUUGAAGAUUCCAAUACAACGACGAAAGUAGUGCGCAACCUGUUGAUGCGAGCGGGUUUAACAGAACGUUCAACCCAACUCAACAUUAAAACACCCGUUAAUUAUAAAUUGAAAAAUAAAGAUCCGAACUGGCUGAAGCCACGUGGAGUGGAACAACGAAAUUUAGCGCUUAGUUGGAUACGGACAAAUGUGGAUCCUGCGGAGCAUAGUGUGAUAUUUUUUAUGGAUGACGACAACUCUUACAGUGUUGAGCUGUUUGUGGAAAUGACCAAAAUCGAACCAGGUCGUGUUGGCAUAUGGCCAGUGGGGUUAGUAGGUGGACUUAUGGUGGAAAAACCUAUACUUAACGCCGAAAAUACGCAGGUAAUUGACUUUAAUGCCGCGUGGCGACCGGAGAGACCGUUUCCUAUAGAUAUGGCUGCAUUCGCCAUUAGUACUGAUUUGUUAUUCAAAUAUCCCCAAGCGCAAUUUGCUUACGAAGUGGAGCGCGGCUACCAAGAAAGUGAAAUAUUAAGGCACAUAACAACAAGAGAACAACUACAACCUUUAGCGAAUAAUUGCCGUGAUGUGCUGGUGUGGCAUACACGCACCGAAAAAACAAAUCUCGUAUCUGAAAUAAAACUGAAUAAAGAUGGGAAACAUUCUGACGAUGGCAUGGAAGUCUAACAUUAGUAAAAGAGAAUUUAAAACUUAAAAGAAAUUGCGUCCUUAUUUAAAUGCGCGUAAUUUUUUAAUAUUUGAUAUGCGUAGUGGUAUUUGUAUGUAUAUAUGUAUAUACAUAUAUAUAUAUAUAUAUGUAUUUACCGGUUUAUUUAAACUUUGAUAGAUUAUUUGAUUGACGUUCACGCCUUACUAAACGAUAAAAGCAUAUCCUUCCCGAGUGAUUUAGUACUUCCAAAAUAUUAUAUUAUAUUUAUUAUGCCCGUAAACACAUUAAGUUAUUUAAGAAUUUGAUUUUAAGUUGUAUAUCAUCUUAGUAGUAUUGUUAUUAAUUGAAAGUAUGUGUAUAUUUAUACAAAUAUUACUGAUAAACUUAAAAGUCCCAUGAGAAUAAUAAACCAGCUUACUACUUUUAAUGAAAGCUUAACAAAAAAA